CAUAUAAACCACAAUCCACCUCUCUCUCUCUCUCUCUCUCUCUCUUUCUCUUUCUCUUUCAUUCUUAUAAGAGUUGAAAAUUAAAAACUACACACACACUCGUACAUAUAAACCCUGUUUGUCUACUGCAAAUUUCUACAAGCACAGACAUAGGAUUCUCCACUUUUCUGUGAGAUUUCGACCGACAUAUCUCAGGUAUUAAACCAAACAUUACUUGCAUACUGGAUGAUGAUACAAUUUGGUUCUCCAGAGCAUCUUAAGCAUUGAAUCAUGUGCCAGAUGAUUUUCUAUUAUUUAGCCUUAUUAGGAUCAUAACUUCUGAAUUGGUAUAUGAAGUUAUGUCCUCAUUUUCUCCUGUUGUGGCACUGCCAACUCAGUUCACUGCAAACACCACAGAGAACCAGCGACCACAACCUGAUAAACUUGCAUUGCUUAUAGAUAAAAGCAAAACCAUCAAGCAUCUCAGGCAAAUCCAUGCAUCCCUUAUCCGUCAUGGCUUGGAAAGCCAUCCAGUCUUGAAUUUCAAGAUCCAGCGCUCAUAUUCUUCACUAGGACAUGUUGAAGAUUCUGUGACACUCUUUAAUCGUACUCAGAGUCCUAAUGUUUUCUUUUACACUGCCUUAAUCCAUGGCCAUGCAAUAAAUGGUCUCCAUGAGCAAGCUCUUCUUUUUUAUGUGCGAAUGCUAAUUGAAAAUGUGGAACCUAAUGCAUUUACAUUAUCUUCUAUCCUGAAAGCUUGCACAUUGGAAGUUGGUAAAGCCCUCCAUUGCCAUGCUCAUAAGUUUGGGUUUGAAUCAGAUACUUAUGUUAGAACUGCACUUGUUGAUGUUUAUGCAAGAGGUGGAUAUAUAGUUUUAGCUCGAAGGCUUUUUGACACAAUGCUUGAGAGGAAUUUGGUUUCCUUGACAACAAUGAUUACUGGGUAUGCAAAGAAUGGCAAUAUUGAUGAGGCAAGAAUUUUGUUUGAUGGAAUGGAAAAGAGGGAUGUCGUGAGUUGGAACGUGAUCAUUGACGGGUAUGCUCAACAUGGAAGGCCAAAUGAGGCUUUGAUUCUCUUUAGGCAAAUGUUGAAGACGAGGGUGAAGCCUGAUGAAGCAACAAUGCUGGCAGUUCUUUCUGCAUGUGGUCAGGUGGGAGCAUUAGAAUCAGGCCAAUGGAUCCAUUCUUACCUUCGGUAUAGCGUGAAUUCAAUAAACACUCAAGUGGGCACAGCUCUGAUUGAUAUGUACAGCAAAUGUGGAAGUUUAGAGAAUGCUAGAAUGGUGUUUGAUGGGAUCGAGGACAAGGACGUUGUUGUGUACAAUGCUAUGAUUGGAGGAUAUGCUAUUCAUGGACUUACCCAAGAUGCUUUAAAGUUGUUUGAGGAAAUGUCUUGGCUAGGUGUCCGUCCUACAGACGUAACAUUCAUCGCUGUUUUGAGUGCUUGUGCACAUGGCGGAUUGGUCUCUGAAGGCUGGGCCCUUUUCAACGCAAUGAAAGAUGAAUAUGGCAUUCGGCCGAAAGUUGAGCAUUAUGGAUGCAUAGUGAAUCUUCUUGGUCGAGCUGGACAACUCGAAGAAGCAUAUGAGCUUGUUAAGAGCAGAGCCAUUGAUGCAGACCCUGUUUUAUGGGGAACAUUGCUUGGUGCGUGUACACUUCACAAGAACGUCUCAUUGGGAGAGAAGAUUGUGGAAUUCUUAGUCGGACGUGGUCUUGCAAAUUCAGGAACUUAUGUUCUUCUUUCUAAUAUAUAUGCUGCCACAGGAAACUGGGAUGGGGUGGCAAGAAUGAGGGCUAUGAUGAAACAGAGUGGGGUGCAGAAGGAGCCUGGCUGUAGCUCAGUUGAAGUGAAUAACGAAGUGCACGAAUUUCUCGCAGGUGAUAUGAAGCAUCCAAAAAGAAAAGAAAUCUAUGAGAUGCUAGAGAAGAUGAACGGGUGGCUUGACGAUCACGGGUACAUUUCACAGACGGAGGCAGUUUUACAUAACAUUGGAGAGGUUGACAAGAAGCGAACACUUGAGGUUCACAGUGAAAGGCUGGCCCUUGCAUUUGGGCUGAUCAGCACAAAACCAGGGACUACAAUCAAGAUUGUUAAAAACCUCCGGGUGUGUACAGAUUGUCAUGCUGUUAUUAAGCUGAUCUCCAGAAUUACGCGAAGAAAAAUAGUUAUGAGAGACCGCAACCGGUUUCACCAUUGCGUUGAUGGUUUGUGUUCUUGUGGUGAUUACUGGUGACCGUCGCCCCUAGCUUCUGUUGCUUAACAAGCCUGCUUGUUAAGAAUCAACAUGAACUGUACAUUUGUAGCUUCUACUUUGUUUGUAUAUGUUUUUAUGACUUAAACUAUAAUUAUGAACAUGAAAUGCUUAUACCGGAUAGUGGAUUCCCUGUA